CUCCUCCCCACGCCCGCGGAUUUUUUUUUUCCCCCACUCACCCCCACCCCGCACACACGCCCCACGCCUGGGGAGGGUGGGGGAGACGGUAGCGGCGACGGCGGCGCCCGCCCGGCCCGUAACGAAGACGUCGGCUCAGCAUGGAUCGGAGGAGAUAGUAGGCGAAGGCAGUAGAACCUGGGUUAGGAUGGCUUUCUUGGAUAACCCGGCUAUUAUCCUGGCUCACAUCCGACAGUCGCAUGUGACCAGCGAUGACACGGGGAUGUGUGAAAUGGUCCUCAUCGACCACGACGUCGACCUGGAGAGGUUCCAUCCGGCUUCGGCCAACGGGGAAGGCAGCUCGGAAGGACCAAGCAGCAACGGCGAACCUCAGGGUUAUGUGUAUUCUCAGUCCGUGGACAUUACCUCAAGCUGGGACUUCGGCAUUCGAAGGCGUUCAAAUACAGCUCAGAGACUCGAACGGCUAAGGAAAGAGAGGCAGAAUCAGAUCAAAUGCAAAAACGUUCAGUGGAAAGAAAGAAAUGCCACCUGUUCGGCCGAAGAACUGAGCCGCCUCUUUGAGAAGAAGAACUUCAAGGUGAAGCCGGUCCAUACUCCCGUGAAGCCAUCAAUCCUCUCAGUCCGACUGGAACAGUGUCCUCUGCAGCUGAACAACCCCUUCAACGAAUACUCCAAGUUUGAUGGCAAGGGCCACAUUGGCACAACCCCAACAAAAAUCAUUGAUGUCUACCUCCCACUCCACGCCAAUCAGGAGAAGUUGCAGCCCAUGACUGUGGUGACGAUUGCCAACGCUAAGGUGCAGGAUUUGAUCGGGCUCAUCUGCUGGCAAUACACGAGCGAAGGACGGGAACCCAAGUUGAACGACAACGUCUGUGCUUACUGCCUUCAUAUUGCCGAAGACGACGGGGAAGUUGACACGGAUUUCCCACCCUUGGAUUGCAACGAACCCAUUCACAAGUUCGGCUUCAGUACUCUGGCCUUGGUCGAGAAGUAUUCAUCUCCGGGCUUGGUGGCCAAGCAGUCCCUUUUUGUCCGAAUAAACGCCGCGCAUGGAUUCUCCCUGAUCCAGGUGGAGAGCCUGAAGGUUACCAUGAAGGACAUUUUGCAAAAGGCUCUGAAGCGAAGGAAAGGGUCGCAGCGAGGCUCAGGACCUCAAUACCGCCUGGAGAAACAGAGUGAGCCCAACAUUCCCAUCGACUUAGAUUGUACCUUGGAGAGCCAAAGCACUCUGGAAUUUUGCCUCGUCCGUGAGAAUAGCGGAGGCUCCAGAGGGGAGGAGAUCUCCGAGGAAGAUCCCCAGAUCGACAUCGCGACCGUCCAGGACAUGCUGAGCAGCCAUCACUACAAGUCUUUCAAAGUCAGCAUGAUCCACAGACUCCGUUUCACCACGGACGUUCAAUUAGGUAUUUCCGGUGACAAGGUGGAGAUCGAUCCUGUGACCAAUCAGAAAGCCAGCACCAAGUUCUGGAUUAAGCAGAAGCCGAUCUCCAUCGACUCGGAGCUCCUGUGCACUUGCGACCUGGCUGAAGAGAAGAGCCCAAGUCAUGCAAUAUUUAAGCUCACCUAUCUCAGCAACCACGAUUACAAGCAUCUCUACUUCGAGUCCGACGCUGCCACCGUCAACGAGAUCGUACUGAAGAUGAACUACAUCCUAGUCCCGGGCCAGCACAGCCAGAGCGGAUUACCUGACCCAGAAGCAAAGGAAACUGAGUCGCAGAACCAGUUUCAGCUUCCAAAAGGAGAAGAAAACGGGACAGCAAUAAAAGGCCGGGCUGGCCUGGAGCCGAACUGAAGAGACCCUGUCCGCUCUGAGGGCUGAGCAGGGGAUGCCCUCAGUUGCCUGGGACUUGAAGAGAAGGUUUCCGGCGUUGCGGUGGCUGCCCAUCGUCGCAAACCGCAACGGUUGAAUGUCCCUUUUAGAGAUCAGCAUGAGAAGGCCAACGUUGCUGGCCACGCGUGUCGUCCUCGGAUGGAAACCAAGAGCCAUAUCAGCCCGAAGGAGAACGGGCCACUUUCCGACGCCUCCAGGAAGGGGCCCCGUCUAAGCUUGACGUCACAAUUGAAUUUUUCCUUUGUUUUUUUUUUUUCUUCUCUUUUUGAGUUGGUUUUUUUUUUUUUUUUCCUUCCUUCCUAGAACUCUUUUUCUCCUCUAGAGUCGGUGGGAAAACUGCCACAGGUUGGCUAGGCACUGUCGACAAACAGCCCAGACGGAGAGCUGAAAACCCCCACCCCCCACCCCUCGAAGGGGGAAGACCUCGAUCUGUAUCUGGGGGGGGCGGAGGGGGGCCUCCCCGCCUUCUCCGACACAAACGCCCACCCACCCCUUACCCCCCCAGGGUGAUCGCUGGUGGUGAAGCGAUCCAAUUUCUUUUAGGGGAAGGAGGGGGAAAGGGGGGGGAAUCCCCUCCAGCACCAAGCCAACUUGUAGUACAAAUGUACCCCCCCCCCUUUUUACUACUAAUAAAUUCCUUAUACUCUUUCUCAA